AUGUAUUUGUCUGAAAAAGUUCAAUCGCAAAAUCGGUCCGACGAGUCAAAAGUUGACAAAGUCUUCAACGAAAACAACAUUUAUACACAUUUACACAUUUAUACAUUUUUAGAUUGUCCAAGGGCACCUUGCGAUUUCGAUAUCGCAUCUAACAACUCUUAUUCAUCGUCGUGCAAUAAAUGCCGUUUAUCCCAGAAUAAAAACGAAUGUAGAUGCAAUUGUAAAGGAAAGUGCGCCUAUGGAUUAUCUAGUGUACCUUGCAGAUGUGGAGCUGGACCAUCGUGUCCAUUGGACAAAGGAUAUCAACCAGUAGCUGAAUCAUCAUUACACGAUUCCGCAAACAAUAGCGACAGUGACGAAGAAUAUUGCGAAUGUUGUUCUUGCGGUUGUGAAGAUAGCGAUAAUUCCACCUGUUGUUGCAAUUGA